GAAGGGACUUCAGAGGAGCAUAUACCAAGUUGGGGAGAAAAUCCAAACUAUUGGAGUUUUGAAGAGACCUCCGAAAAUAGCAAAGCAGUCAAUAAAACAUGGAAAAAUACAAUGUGUUAAAAAUACUUGGAGAAGGAUCAUUUGGGCGAGUUCUUUUGGUCCAUCACAAAGAGAAAAAUCAGAAAUAUGCUGUGAAAGAAAUAAGACUUCCCAAGUCUGUCCUUGGUACAGAGAAGUCCUGGAAUGAAUCCAUUCUUUUGGCUAAAAUGAAACAUCCAAAUAUUGUCACCUUUACAGAAUCAUUUGAAGUUGAUGGACAUCUGUACAUAGUAAUGGAGUAUUGUGAUGAUGGAGAUCUUAUGGGAAAGAUUAUACAGCAAAGGGGAACAUUUUUUCCAGAAGAGAUGAUACUUAACUGGUUUGCACAGAUAUGCUUGGGAGUAAAAUAUAUUCAUGAAAAACGUGUAUUGCACAGAGACAUCAAAUCCAAGAACAUUUUUCUCACACAACGUGGGAAGGUAAAACUGGGAGACUUUGGGUCUGCACUUCUUCUCAGCAGCCCAACGGCAUAUGCUUGUUCGUAUGUGGGAACCCCUUAUUAUGUGCCUCCAGAAAUAUGGGAGAACAUGCCCUACAAUAAUAAAAGUGAUAUAUGGUCUUUGGGAUGCAUUUUGUAUGAGCUGUGCACUCUUAAACAUCCAUUUCAGGCCAAUAGCUGGAAACAUCUUAUACUUAAGAUAUGUAAAGGAUACUACACUCCACUUCCGCCACACUACUCCUACGAAUUGCACUAUUUGAUAAAACAAAUGUUUAAGAAGAAUCCCAAGAACCGUCCAUCCGCUAGCACAAUCCUUACAAGAAAGUGCCUGGCAAAGGGUAUCAAAAUUUUUUCUUCAGCAGAGGAGGAAGGAAAAUAUGAAAGGAGCAAAAAUACAUGUUCGGGAGCAGAGUUCACCCCUAACUAUUCCUGCAAAAUGGGAUUGGAGAAAACAUGUGAGGAUAUAAAAGCAGCUGAUUUCCCUGCCCCUGAAAGACGGCAGUGGGAAAAGGGAAGAUCUAAUACUGUGAUCAAUAUCCUGGAAAACGCAUCUUUGCUUGCCUCCAGUACUCCAGCCAUGGAGGAUACAAGUGGUUUUGUGAGAAAAUACGAUGAAAAAAUCACCCGUAGGCAGUGGACAAAGGAACCUCCUGAAACUCUGAUGAAUAUUCUUCACAAGGCUGAUAUAAGCUUAGCUUUUAAAACAUAUACAAUCUACAGAGCAGCCUCAGAGGACGUACUGAGAGGACCACUUACUGAAGACAUGAAACCAUCCGAUGUGCCAGAUGGGGACACUGUUAUGGAGGAUACGGAGAGUCUUGAACCUAGAACAGAUGAGGAAGACACGGAUUUUGAAGCGGAAGAUGACCCAGACUGGAUUUCUGAACUGAAAAGGAUAAUCGAGAUGAAUAAUUGACUGAAUAUACAAUCAAUGUGGUUUUAAAAAGUAGUAUCAACAGAUAAUCCAUUUUUAUGUAAAAUGUUAGUGAACUAUUUAAAAAUCCAGUACAAACAGUACGAAUGCACAGGCACUGACUCCAGGUGAAAUUCUUCGGACGAACAAUUGACAUGUACUGACAAAACUGAUUGUAAAUGUUCCUUUGGGUGCUGGACUGAUUCUUUGAAGGGAAAUGUGAGCAUGGCUAUUGAACAUCUUCCCUAAAAAAGUGAUGUGCAUAGUGUAAGGCAGUGGUUCUUAACCUUUGUUACUCAGGUGUUUUUGAACUGCAACUCCCAGAAACCCCAGCCAGCAGAGCUGAUGGUGAAGGAUUCUGGGAGUUGCAGUCCAAAAACAUCUGAGUAACAAAGUAUGGUAGUAUGGAAACAGCAUGUAAUAGCAGCAUCAUUACUCUGCUAAAGAUAGAGUAACCAGGUUUUAUCGGCAUUGUAAUAAAUUAAACCUCUAUCUUUAAAAUAUGUACAAACACUGCUUUUUACAAACAGAAACAUAAUCAUAUACAAACAGAAACAUAAUAAUAUUCUUUGUUAUGUGUUAAAUUUAAUUUAUGAUAUGUGUUAAAUUUGAAUUAACCUCUAAAUUAAAAUGGUUAUAACAAAAUCAGAGUUGUCAUUGUCCAAUUACUUUUGCCUGAAGACUUGUUUUUCAUCAGGAAAAAUCUUCAAUAUUAUAAUUCCUGCAUUACCUAUGAUGUUGUAUUGAAAUUUUGCAGUUGUUUUUUGUAAUGCAGUAUGUUAAGCUUGUCAACAGAAAUCUAGAAAAGAAAUCUAAUGUUAUUUAAAACAAAAUCCUUUCACUGGUCUUUCAGAAGUGAUGUUACUUCAUUACACUUUAUUCCAUUCAAUAAAAAGACAUAAUUGGUUUCCAUUUGCAACACUCGUCAUUAAAUCUUUCAGAUAUCAUUGUUCAUGUUGAAAACUUGUCUAUUUUUACACACCUUUUUGGUGUAGUUCACCUUUUAUAUAUUUAUUUAUAUUUUAUGUUGUAUUAUUGGUGUACACUGCUUUGAAAUUUCCAAGUAUAAGCAGGUUAUUUUUUAAAUAAAUAUGAAUUCCCAUUGAUUCAAAACUGAAGUUGGUAAAUGACAUUUUGGUCUUCUAGGCAGUUUAUCACUAAGCACAAAUGGUUCCUUAAUGUAAAUGUAAAUAAAUUUCAGAUGUAAAGUUAUUUCUUAUGUCUGAUCUUUUCAUGUCCUUUGUGAGAGCAGAGGAGAACAAGUAACUCCUCACUUGU